AUGCAGAGAUCCAGCAGCAGGAGACUCCGGUCAUCAGUGGGGGCUGAGGAGGCUCAGGCCCUUUUGGCAACUCUCCGCCAGAGGAGAAUGGGAGUGCGGGCAUUCGUCCAGAAGUUCUGGUCACGGGCGGAGGGGUAUGGUCUCUCUGAUACGGUCCUCAAAGACACAAUUAAUAACUGUCUGGAUAAACCUCUGCCGCAGUGGGAGAUGGAGCUGCCCGCUCCAGCCCGUGUGUCCUUUCCAAGGCCUGCUCCAGCCCAUGAGUGCGUCCCAGCCCGUGAAUCCGCUUCAGAGGCCUCAGAGGAGGUUGGCACUGAGUCUCCGCUUCCCACAUCUAAACGGAGGAAGAGGAGGAGGAAGGCUUCCAUCCCCCAAGACCCGGAGGCCUCUCCAGAGCUCGCUCCAAGCGAGCUGAGAGAGACGCUGUCAAGAACGCUGCUGUACCAUUUGCAGAAUCACGGCUUGUGUCCUCCCAUCCUUCGGGAGUCCGUUCUCCUGAGUCCAACUUGCCAAGUCCGAACUACUAAGGACGCAAGUCCGAACUUUGCGUACUUGUUCAUUAACUCCCCCUGUGUAUUAGGCCCUAAGGCCACCAAGCCCAUCACUCCACCUCAACUCAUCAACCAGUCAGCUCCACCUUGGCUCCUCCCUCCUGUACCUCCACCUGGGACCAUCCUCCUCUCGGCUCCACCAGACUCUCUCAUCCCUCUGGUUCUGCCUUCGUUAGACGUCGCUCUGCCUGCAAUACAGACUUCUGGGCCUUCAGCUGCGCUUUGUCCCUCCUUCGGCUCUGUCGCGCUCCACCUUCCCUCCAGCUCCUGGGUUCUCAGUCCAACCAGCUCUGCCUCAGUCCUCAAAGUAUUAAAAGAACAUGGAUACACCAUACAGAAAGAACUUGGACAAGGAUUUUCAGGAAUAGCGUUUCUGGUGAUUGACACAGAGGGAGAUCCUUAUGUGGUCAAACAAAUUCAUCCCAGACAUAAGGAGAAGCUGGAUACUGCCCACAUGGAAGUCAAGAUCUUGAAAACUCUGAUUUUUGGAUAUAUUGUUACUUAUGUGGAUUCGUUUGAAGAUGAAGCAGGACAAAUAUAUAUUGUGAUGGAGUAUUGUGAAGGAGGUGAUCUUUCCAAAUUGAUGAAACUGCCAAAACAGAACAAUUCUUUUGAAGAAAAACAGAUCCUUGACUGGCUGGUUCAGAUUUGUCUGUCUCUGCAGUAUAUCCAUAGGAAGAAAAUUAUUCAUAGAGAUAUUAAACCUGAGAAUGUCUUUGUGACUGAAGAUGGUUACAUCAAUCUAGGAGAUUUUGGAUGCUCAAAAGUAUUGGAAAGAACUGUUGAUUAUGUUAAUUCAGUUGUGGGUACAAAGCUCUAUAUCAGCCCUGAAGUUUAUCAGAGGAAAUAUAAUUCAAAGAGUGACAUAUGGUCAUUGGGAUGGUUGCUCCAUGAUCUCUGCAUGCUGAAUGUGUGGGCAGAUGACAAGCAGCGUCACAUUCAGCAUGCUGUCAGCAUGACAGGAACCCCCCCUCCCAUCUCAGAGAGAUACUCAGUGGAACUGAGGAAAUUGAUCAGACAAAUGCUCAGCUGUGACCCUAAAGACAGACCUUCAGCUGAUGAGAUUCUAGCUAAACCAUUCCUGAGCGAUACAGUAAACAGAAACAGUAGAAUUCCAGAGAAACUGCUACAGAGUUUCAAUAAGUCUAUCAAUGCCUUUGAUAAGUCCUACAACAAGCACUAUAAAGAUAUUGAGGUUGUAGUUAGUGAGUGGGGAAAAAUAACAGAUUCGAUGGAGUCUGUUCAUUACAAUGCCACAGCAGGCAGUCUGUCAGGUUCAGUGAUGGGAGCAGCUGGAGGAAUCACUGCAUUGGUAGGUUUAAUUUUGGCACCUUUCACUCUUGGAGCAUCUCUGAUUGUAACAGGUGUUGGUGUUGGAGUCGGAGUUGCAGGUGGAGUAACAGGUGCUGCAUCCACCAUUACUAAUGCAGUACAGCAAAAAUCCUUCAGAGAGAGUCUUAAACAAAUUCAGCAGAAGUAUAAAUCUGUAAGUGACCCAAUUCUCAAUUCAUUGGAUACACUGAGAAAGGUGCUGAGAAAAACCACAAAGUUCAGGGUUUUUUUUGGCAACUCCACUUUUGACACUGUAGAAACUGCAUGCAGUGUUAACAAACGAAAGGUUUUGUGUGCUACAGAUCUUAUGAAUUUAGGCCUGUUGGCAAAUGUUGGCAGAAUUGUUACUCAGACUGCAAGAGUUGGACGAGUAGCAGCAGCAGCACUCUCAGGUGUGUUGAGUGGACUCUUAGUCAUCUUUGACGUUGCCUUCAUAGUGAUGGAUUCUGUAGACAUGCACCAGAUGAAUCAGGGAAAAAUAUCUGAUCCAAAAAAGGUCAAAUCCAAAAUACUCAAGUCCAUUGCAGAGAUGAGGAGAACACAUAAUGAGCUUUGCAAUGUCCAGACAAAGAUAAAAAAAACAAGAGAGGAAUUGAAAGACUAUAUAGCUUUGGCCAGGCUGACAGAGAAAUAGACAAAGAUUUAAAUAGUUUAAACAUAGAUAUGAUUCCAGACUUAUGCAACAUCAUACAGAUUUAUCCAUAAGCAUAAAUGAAGUUAAAACAAAAUAAAAUGUUGUUCUGAAACUCACUCCAGAAUUCAUGUGUGUAGCAUGAUUAUAACUAAUUAAGUUAAUCACGACCAUAUAUUUUAAAUAUUUGUUUAAUGGCAUCUUUUUAUGAUUGAAGGACAGUAUCACUGAUACUAAUACUGCUACUGAUGUCUCUAUGAAAUUGACUUUUUUUUAAAAAAAAGUCUUUUCUUUUACGAUUCUGGCGCACGUGCAUGAUCAUAUAAUGUAGCCAAAUUAUGAUGGAAAAAUGUUUUUUUUUUAGGCGAGAAUAUAGUUAUUUAGACCUAUAUUUGACAAUUUGUUUAGACAUUUUCGGAGAUGUUAG